CUGGAUAUGAGCACGCGUCGGCAGAGUCCGAAUGUUUCCAGUGCAGCACGGAGAAGUGAUCUUUGUUGCACACCACACGGGGCUUUGGAAGAACCGUCUUGGCAUGUUGCAAGAUAUAUAGCAGAUGCUUCUGAAGCAUCACGCUUCUAUCACCACACGCACUGCGCUCAGCCACGGACGUUCUGCGACGCAGCGACGUUUGACUGUGAGGAGGCGCGGCUUGUGCGACAGCCUUGCCAUACUCUUUGGAAUCGUGGGGGGGGGGACGAGCCGUCGGUGCUGGAGGGAUGUGGUUGGCUGUGCCUUUUCUCGCUGUGACCGCCGGAGAGUGGGCCAAUCAGCCCCCCCCCCCCAGUCGCUGAAAAUGGUGCAACGGGCACGGGAGUGGGGUGAUUCGGUGCAGGGACAAGCCGCCUGUGCCUCUCUGAUGGAAUACUGUAGCAGAAACUGCUGCUCGAUGCUUGGGGCCUCGUGGGAAUGCCAAGGACAUUUCCAACAGCGCACGUUAUGUCCAUGUAUGAAUAUGAAGCCGUUGAUAUAUCGAUUUUGUCUGUUCUAUUCUGAGAUGCCAGAGGGUCUCCAUCCCCGAGCUGUUCGUUUGGUUCGGAGUGAAGUGACUUCCAUGCUCCGUGUGUGGAUGUACCCCUGAACGGGACCAAUGUGCGUGCAGGCAUUGGCCAUUAACCAGUGUUUCAAGCCGUGGCCUCUAACUCGAUCGGGGCUGGGCCCAGGUACCGCAGCCCGCUAGCCAGGGGAGCAACCCGCCGCAGCUCUAUUUUCUGCUUGAGGGAAGAGGUG